CGACAAUAGUCCUCUUUUGUCGACAAAACUAGGUAGUCUAGACACACCCCAAGACACUGUAACAAGGGCAGAUUGAUAGCUGCUGUAUUAACUCUCAUGAACAUAUGUGGUUGUAGAAACACUCUAGACUCAACCCCUAUAGAAAUAAACUCAAAUUUAAGACCCUGACAUGCAGCAUAGCAGAGCUUAAACUUUUGGCUAUCCCUUUUUAAGCAUAAACAACAAUAAUCCCUAUUAUCAUAUCUUAGAGAAUGUUUCUUUUUCUUUUUUUCCUAGACUUUAUAUUCAGAGCACCCAUCAAAUUAAGCAAACCAGGGGAACUGCGUGAGGAAUAUGAAAGCCAGCUGAGGAAGAUGAGGGAAGAAAAAAUACAAGAAGAAAAAACAUCAGAGGAUCUGAUCCACAAGCUAAUUCUAGAAGACAUGGAAGUGGGAAAAAGAAAAAUGGAAGAACAGCAAAAAAAAGACGAACCACUAAUGCUUAAAACGAAUCAAGAAUUUUUUCCUGAACGCCUCUCGGAUUCAGAGAAUGAAGAACCAUUCCAGAGCAAACAUGCACAUCGAUCAGCGUUUGUCUCCAAAGGCAGCACCUAUUCUUUUGCUUUCCUGGCAGGGAACCUAACCUCCAAGCUGGAAAGGAGUCAGAGUUGCAAUGACACCAUUCAGGAUCGAUCAAAGAGCAGGCAGAGAUCAGCUCCAGCCAACAGAACAAAGGUUACAUCUGUGACCAGUACAUUGACUCCCAUCGUUGGAGUUUUGUCAUCCACCCAAAACAAUCGCUGCCUCUCUGCCCCAGAUUUAACAGCAGAAAAGCGUUUGGUUUUCAACUCCAUUUCAUCACUUUCCAUCCUGCACAAACCAGAGCGGUCCAUCAGCCCUGAGAGCAAUGACAGUAUCUCAGAAGAGCUCAAUCAUUUCAAACCUAUUGUCUGUUCCCCAUGCACUCCUCCAAAAAGGCUUCCCGAUGGCAAAGUCUUGAGUCCUUUGAUUAUAAAAUCUACUCCAAGGAACCUGAACCGAAGCCUGCAGAAACCAACCACCUAUGAAGCUAGUCCCAGAAUCCUGAAAAAAUGGGAGCAAAUAUUUCAGGAGCGCCAGAUUAAAAAGACUCUCUCUAAAGCUACCCUUACAUCUCUGGCUUCAGAGACAGGAGAGGACUUUCUGGUUCCUGACAUUGCUAACUCCAAUAAAGAGCAGCCACGAAUGUUAAGUGAUCAAAUUCCACCGGAUACUGUGGCACACCCAAACACAGAAUUUGAUUAUUUCCCUUCUGUCAGUGAAAUACAGCUCGAAAGGACUGGUAACAAGAAAACUGGUUCACGGGUCUUAACAAUGGAUGCCAAUUCCUCUGAACUAGAUACAAGAUCAAAUGGAACCUCUCUGAAUACUCAAGUUUCAGAUGUGUCUGACGUAAAAACAAAUUCAUAUCUGGACAAAUCUUGUCUUAGCAUUGGGACAAAAAUAAUGACCAGAAGAAUAAUUGGAGUCAACCCAGCACUGCCUGGGAACAGUGUACUAGGAGUCUCGGUCAAGACAGCAGGGAAAAAGCAGCUUAAGUACCUGAACAAUAGUGAACUGCUCAAUGUACAAAAUGGUACCUGCAGUUCUGUUGAAAAUGUCCUUGGUGAACAGCCCCCUUCACUGAGACGGGGAAGAAAAAGGCACUGUAAAACAAAGCACUUGGAACAGAAUGGUUCGGUUAAAAGACUGAAACAGACAGCUGGCGAGAUGGGCUUGGCCACGGACGAUCUUCUUGUGAGGGAGAUGGAACAGAAGCUGCAGCAGGAGGAGGAAGACAGGAGGCUGGCCUUACAGCUGCAGCGAAUUUUUGACAGUGAAAAUAGGACAGUGGAUAGGCGGAAAGGAAGAGUAGAUCAGUAUCUCUUGCGGUCAAAGAGCACUACAGGUGCAAAGUAGCACUUAUGAACAAUGUUGCCUUUUGUAGAGGACAAGAGGUUUAUGAAAAUAUUCUAUAGGAAGAACUAUUUUCUUGUCAUACUUCCACCCACGGGUUUGUUUGUUUUUCUUUUUGAUGGUAAGACAUUUUAGAUCCAGUUCAUGCUGAAGCCAGGGUCCUUGCAGGUUAAAAACAAAAAUUUUCCUGUCCCAUUUUCUCCAUCAGUCAGAAAGACAGUUGAUCCUUACCAUGUGUAUUUGAAAUGUGUUUAAACACGGUGACAUUUCUGAGUUAAAUGCUGGUGGUGGUAAGGCAAUUCAAUACCUAGAGUACGUGAGCCCAAUGAUAAGGACCUUGUAAAUCCAGUGUCUGGCCUGCUGAUUCAUGUCAGACAGAAAUUAGGGCUUGAAAACACAUUUACAGCAGUCUAGGCUGUUUCUUUCCAACACCCAAAUCCUGUGCUCAUUUCACUCUUUUCCUUUUGCUGUAGCCAGAUACCAUGAAUGGAUCAUAAGCCAUACCAUAGUGAUGGAAACUCCCUGGUUUGUCGUAAUCUUAUAACAGUGGGACACCAUAAGAAUGAGGCAAUGAGUCAUACUUUUUGUCCUAGCAAAUAAGGAGCAAAUAGAUACACCAGUAGUGGCUAUGAUUCAGUUACAUGCCUUCAGGGGCACAAAAAAUGAAAACCAUUAGACCAAGUAGAUUAGAGGUUAUUUUAAAGUGGCCAGAUGAAAUGUGGGAAAUGUGCAAAUUAAGGAUUUUACAGGAAAUACAUUGCUGACACCUAGUUCAUAGAUGUUGGGGGUAUCGCAGAAAUGUAGCUAUAAGGAAAAGGUAACAUGAAUACUUGCCACCCACUCUCUUUGGGUGGCAUCUAGUCACCGCCUUCCUCCAGUCUGAGACAGUAGUUGGGUUAGUGGAAUGAAGAUUAAACGAAUAAAUAUGGUUUUACUCAUCUUAGACAUUUCGGAAGAGAAGCAUCAGUAAUAGGCACCCAACUGAAUCCAUUUGACAUUGGCUGCUGGGGAGCCUUCUGUAGUCCUCAUUCCCGUGGCAUAUAUCAGCCCCUGUCGGGCUGGGGAAUGUAUGCACUGCAGCACUAGUCAUACACGUAGCCCUUACUGUGCUAUUUGCUCAGAGGCUUCAAAGCAUUUUGUAGCAGUAAGUAUCCGUUGCCUUCACUUUAUAGAGGUGUAAACUGAGGCACGAUGCUUAACGUUUUCAAAAGCGGCUGGUGAUUCUGGGCACCUCCAAUUCCGGCUGAAGUCAUUGGGAGCUGUGGCUGCUCAGCACUUUUAAAACAAUUCGCCCUAAAUCUCCCCAGCAGAGUUUUCAAAAAUCAGUGGCAUCCGGGUAUUUGAUACUUCAGCCGAUCAACUUGCCCAGAGUCACUGGUGGAGAGCCCUGGACUCUUGGCUAGUCCAGUGCCCUAUCCAGUGAAGAAAGUGCUCUUUACUUCACAUGGGACCAUCACACAAAGCUCUUUCAAAGUGAGAAUUCCCACAAGGCAAAGCUUUCACUGUUGAGCUUAAUGCCACAGUCUGGCCCAAAUAACUCUCAUGUUUUAAGCAGUCUUUUUUCAAGCAGUUACACAUUUACAUGCGGGGGUAAGGCAGCUCUGCAGGAGCUGGUGCACGCAGGGAGCCAGCUUUUAAGCUGGGUCCCCACAAGCACUGGCUCCCAUGGAGCCACCUCCCCUGCAAGCUGCUACGCUGCAGUGUGGGUUGGGGAGGGGCUUGUGAGUAACCGUGAAGGUUAAUCAAUGAGCCUCAUUGGUUAACUGUUUAAGCUUUUAAAAUGUCCCAUCCCUAGAGUGGAUGUCUUGGACUAAUUACAAGGAGUAUAGCUCAAUCCAGUUAGGUAAGUUAAAUGUCCAUGUGUGUGUGCAUGCGUCCUUCCCAGAGGACCUCUGUUUUGUCCUCAUAGUUGUAUCCCCGAGUAAAAUAAUUUUCUGGAUUACCACCAGUACAGGACUCAGAAAUGUCAGACUCUCCACUUGGAAUCCUGACUUUCCAGACAAUGGAUCCUCUGUUCUUUCAGUGGAACUUUGUUCCCCCUCAGAAACAUGAGUCUGCCGAUUACUUUCUUGCUGCCUUCAUACCAGGUGACAGUGGCGUUUUAAAGAGCUGCCUGGCACACUGCACCAGCAGUACACCAAGCAGGCGGCUAACCUCAUCUCUGGCCUGUGGCAUGCAGUACACAAAAUGAGGUUGACGUAAAAGGAGUUUAAUUGUUCAUCUAUUAACCUUUCAUGCCAUGUCUUUUGCUCUCUCCUUCCAUCUUAAAUGAUGGAGAGUGGCUGGCCUGCCUGGCAACAAAUUGGUUUGGUCUCCCUCUUGUCACUUAUUCACAUAACUACAAGGACCCUGAAGUUUUUUACUGCUUUAAACUGGAUUUUUUUUAAAAAAAGAAAUCUUAUAUUUUAAUGGAUAAAAUUUAUAUAUUUUAAAUACUAUAUUUCAACAGAUCGACACUUUCAUUUUGAGAAAUCUUGUAGUAAGGAUAACGUAAUAUAUAUCUCUUAUUAACACACACAAAAACUACUGGCUAUUAAACUAAUAUGUGAAGCCAGGAAGUUGAUGCUGGCGUUCUGCACUCUCUUAGAUCUGGACUGCUAUGCCUAACUGUUGUAGCUCCUGGGUUGUGUAUCAUUGUAUCCUCUUUGCAGAGGAAAUUCUGUCCUCAGUUACAUUCUUGCAGCCUCUCUGGGUCAAAUGCACAGCUGAUUUAAGUAGGUAGAGCACCAGUGACUUGAACUGCAUUGCACUCACUUAAGCCAGCAGUGAAUUUGAAGGAAACUGGCAAGUCUUUGACUUGAUUGAAGUUAGAGGGUUUCCAUGGGUGACCGUAACUGAGGAUUGAAUGUGGUCUCAUCAAUACCUGCGAACAGCAGAGUAUGGCAAGGAUGAAACAGCAGUCUUUUACCCUGAAUUACCUUUAUUUUUGUUCCAAGUGAAAACUUUUUACGCUAGUCAAGUGUAUUGACUUUUUUCCCAAUCUCUCUUGCGAGGCACCUCCUCGUUCCCGUGCAAGUGAAUGCCUUGAAACUGGCUUCCUUAUUCAAAGUUAGUGAACAUUGUGCCCAUGUUGGCUUGUUCUAAGGCGGAGCUGCUGUUUUCUUAAAACAGAAGAGCUUUUGAGAAACUUGCAUUAUGUAGGUUUCACAAGCUGAAUGUAUCUUUUCUUAGAAUGAGAUUUCAAGUUCUGCCCCCCUAGGCCAGUGCCCCUUUUUGUUUCUGUUUUAAGACCCCUUAAUCACUUGGGCUAUUGUGUGUUAAUUUCAAGUGUUAACUUCCUUUUUUAUUUUAAAUCUGAGUCUCAAAUGGAAGUGCAGGAGCCAUUGCUUCAGUUGGCAUGGUUCCUCAAAUCAGCAGAGCUGGGUAGAAAAGAAUCAUGCUUGAAUGUCUGUUACAUAUGUUAUCUAUGGGCUCUUCUCACAAAGGGCCCUACUCUGCAAACUGUUAGAUGAUUAAUCCAAGGCCCUGAUCCCAUUGACAUUAAUGCAAAACUCUCAUUGAUUCAGUGGGUGCAGGUCUGGGCACAAUUGAAAAACCCGUAUAUGGUAUGAUCCAUAGCAUCAGUAUUUAUUUAAUGAGGCCUUUGAUUUUGGGAUCCUCGUGUGGAAUAACUGGAUCCUAAAAAUCUGUCACUUUUUUUAAUGAAACAUUACUGCUUGUAUGCAGUAGUAUUUUUAAAUAGUGUGGCAGGGUUGGUUUUUGUAUUUCAAAGGGGUACUUGUCCACAAAAUAUUGUCUAAAGGAUUUACCCGUUAAUUUUAGCCUUUCUUAAAGAAAACUACAGUUUAUAAUUUUAUUCUCUGUCUGGUUGCUUAAAGAUCACACAGCGUUUCCACUUUGCUAGAAUAGGCACAAUCCUACUCCCUUUGAAGUGAGCAAGAGCAGGAUCGAGCCCCUAUGACCUGGUCCAAAGUCCAUUGAUGUCAGUGGAAAUCUUUCCAUUAAUCUACUGUGCUUUGGAUUAGACACAGAAUUUGUCUCUGUGCAUCUCUGUGUGCAUUUGGCUUGGGAGGCUGAAGACUCAAGAGCUGAUUGGUAGAUGAGAUCUGUUGGAAUGUUUUACUACUUUACCAUGAGCAGUGCUUUUAUUAUUUACUAGAAAUGCUUGGGUAAAAAAUAGGGUGCUGUAUACAACUUGCACUUCAAACAGCAGAAGUUCCCAACUUCUCAGGCAUUCAGAGGUCAAAGUGACACUUCCUUUGUAGCUACUAAUGCCAUGUGAGAAGUAGCAGUAACACAGCGCUGGUGGAGACACUAGAACGAUGAAUGGAGUCAAAGACCUUCACACUUAUGGAGACACUAAAACAAAACAAAAUUUUUUUUUUAAAAAAAAUCUCUAUUUUGGCAAUUAUUUUGCAUCCUACUCCUCUCUGAUCUAACGUUCUCUAAGGAAUGGAACCUAAUCCCUGCUGUUUGCAUGAAGGUGAAGACAGGUACAAAUUCUUCCAAGGUUCAAGUCUCACUUUUACUGCCAACUGUAAGAUAAAAUGGGGCUCAGCUGUGGGGGCCCUGUUGCUGGUUAAGUAAUUGCGCUGCUUGUUGCACUUCCCUGUGACCAGAAGGGCUGGGGUUAGGUGUUUCAUUUAGUAGGUGAAUGACUGAAUCUGCCAAAGAUGCCACAGGACUCUAAACCAACUCUGACUCUAUGUAGAUUUUUUUACAUGGAAAAAGGGUGUAUUAAGAUUUUUUGGGGGGGCCAGUGAUGACAAACAUCAGGAAACAAAUGAAGGAAAAGUGCCAAAAGAAUGGAUUGUGCACAAGAUGAUUGUAUAACACUGUCCUAUAUUGUCAGUAUUUUUUCUUCAGGUGGUAUUGUAUGUGCAGUAUGGAUUAGUCUUGAAGUACCACUUAAACAAGUGCUUCUUUAUAUUUUGUCAAUGAAAGCAAAGGGAGAUAGAAGCCUUAAAGACUAUAAUUGAUAAUAAAACCAGGCCUUUAGCCAUGUAUCAAGGAGCUAGCCCCUCUGCUGGACUUCCAGGACCUCUUUGCCAGCUCAUAGUUUUCAAGUGCAAGGUUGAUAAGGAGCUAGUCCUGUACAGUGGGGAAAUACUUCAUCAGAGCCCAUCCUUUUCUAUUAGAGCUGCAAACUAAAGACCAUUCCUUGUUCAACUUUUGCAUGUGGACAUGAAGGUCCAGAGAGUCACUGCUCUGUCUGAGAUCGUUACAAAGAGCUCAGAACUGUGCCAUGUCCAUUGAUUGAACUCCAGCUCAGAAUCUGGAACAAUUUCUCUUCAUGUUGCAUUUGAGUUUGAUGCAAACUUUUUUCCCCUGUGUUUUUAAAACACGGCAGUGCAUCAAACAGAUAUCGAAUUAGCAAUUCACUAUGCAAAGAAAAAACCUUUAAGUGAUGGGAUCAUGCAUAUGCCUGGUUACCUGGUGUUUACUGUCUUAACUGUUUAAAACAAAUAUAGAUGUUGUUACAUUUUUUCCAAUAUGCUUUAAAUUAUUGUGCUUUGGUGUAUCCUCAACUUGCUACUCAAAAACCAGUAUCGUAAAAGACAAAAGGUCAUCUAGGGUCUCGGCUGAACCACUGUGGCUUCAUCAGAACAUUAUAAAUCACACCAGAGUGUACUGAAAGCUUAUUUACUUGCAUGUGUAUAAUGUGUGGGUAAAAUAACAUGUGGGGAUAUGGUUCUAUCAUACUGUGGCUUCUGUUAUUUCAAGUGGAGUGAAAAAUCCCCAGACUACAAUUGUGUGAAUCAUACAUCUUGUACAUUUUAACAACGAAGAAGAGGGCUCUAAUUCCAGGACAAAGGCACAAGUGAAAUAGAAUAAAACAAAGUUCUUGUAGUGAA